GAUUCCUUUACAUACAUACAAAAAAACUCUCAUCAGAGAGGCGGUAUACUAGUAAUUGUUGUGAUCCGUGGUUCUGCUUAUAUAUAGAGGGGGGAGAGAGAGACAGACAGACAGACAGACAGACAGGAGAGAGAGGCAAGAAGAUGGUGAAGGAAUCGGCGAGAAAGUGUUCUCAUUGUGGGAACAACGGGCAUAACUCGAGGACAUGUUGCAAUGGAAAAAGUGGGGUGUGCGUGAAGCUUUUCGGUGUCAACAUUUUGGCCGAGAGAAAAGGAGAGGAUUCCAUGAGGAAGUGCAAGAGCAUGGGGAAUAUUGUUGCAUGUCAUGGAGAAAUCGUCGCCGCCGAUGAUGAUGGGUAUUCGUCCGAUGGCCCCGUUCAUUCCAGGAGAGCCCAUGAAAGGAAGAAGGGGGUCCCAUGGACUGAGGAUGAGCACCGAGCAUUCCUUGCUGGAUUGGAGAGGCUCGGAAAAGGAGAUUGGAGGGGAAUUUCAAAGAAUCAUGUGCGGUCAAGGACUCCAACUCAGGUGGCUAGCCAUGCCCAGAAGUAUUUUAUCCGGCUAACUUCAGGUGACAGGAAGAAACAGAAACGCCGGUCAAGCCUCUUUGACAUGUCUGUUAAACAGCCUGGAACUCAUGACUCUCCUCCUCCCCAAGUACCCCCAGACAGAACUACUGAAAUCCUGCCUCAGGGUGAUGAUUCUCCUGUUGCUGCUAAUUUGAACCACCUUGGCCACAGCAAAACACAGGUGGCAAUUGGUACCUCCGCAGAGGUUGCAAGACCGUUGGAAGUGACCCCGGUUGUACCCAUAGCUGCGAGUUAUGGUGUUCCUGAUUUCCGUCAAAUGCCAUACAUGCCCAUGGUGGGAGUCCCGAGCAUCGGGCAGAAUUUCCCCGGAGCCACUGAUAUUCCGACCGUGUCCUUCGUUCCCGUUAUGAAUAUCCCUAACCAUGGCUAUUUCUACAUGCCUAAUAGCUAUGGAAACUAUGCUACUUGUGCACCUUAUAUGUCUCAGCAGCUCUUACAUGGACCAUCUCAAGCUGGACCCCUGAACUUCAGUGGCUAAGAUAGGCAGUCUGGAGUGUCACAUUUGGAGUGGUUUGAAUCUCAAUCAGUUAUAAUUAGCUAUCUAUGACCUCCUCAUAUUAAUAUGGGAAGGUAGAUAUUGAAAUUGGAUUGAGGAAAUUUCAUUUUUGCCGAAUAAGAUCACCCCGGCCAUUCUUUUGCUUGUUUUAUUUCGGUUUUGACUUGCUGUAUUGGCUCAUGAACUCCAUUUAGUUAUUCCAUCCUUAUUUUGUACUA